AUGAAGCUUUCCAUGCUCACCCUCGCUAUGAGUGCCAGCUUGGCUCUCGCUACCCCCCUCAACCAGCGCAGCGAUGAGAUUACCAACCGUGCCCUGACUGGCGAGAACGCUGCCCUCGCCAAUGAGGCUGGUGAUAUCACUAAGCGUGCUCUCACGGCUGAGGAUGCUGCUGCAAUCACCAAGCGAGCUCUGACCGCUGAUGAAGUACGAACAGUCGCCAAGCGUGCUUUGUCCGAUCAUGAGAUCGACGCAAUUACCAAGCGGGCCUUGGCUGCUCUCGAAGACGAAAACAUUACCAAGCGUGGUGCUGGCGCAUACAAGCGUGCCGUUGCUGGCGAGGAGGCUGCCGAUAUCACCAAGCGUGGUAAUGCUGAAUACAAGCGUGCCCUCGCUGGCGAGGAGGCUGCCGAUAUCGCCGAGCGUGGUGUUGGCGCAUACAAGCGUGCCUUCACUGCUGAGCAGGGUGAUAAGAUCACCAAGCGUAGAGACAAUGUGGAAUAA